AUGAGAAGUUCGUCAUAUCAAGAUGUGCGUGAUUUGGACGAGUCAAUCCAUGGGCGCCUGGGCUUGAACGUUAUAUUCUGUCCUAAGAGCAGCCCAACAGUCGACAUAGUCUUGAUUCACGGAUUAGGCGGCACGAGUCGAAAGACAUGGUCCAAGAAUGGAGAUCCAGACUUGUUCUGGCCGCUAAAGUUCCUCCCACUGGAACCUUACAUAUGCCUUGGUCGAAUAUUCACCUUUGGGUACAAUGCAAAUUUUCGGGCAGCAGGUAACGUCAGCACUUCCAUUCUGGACUUUGCUAAGGAUCUCCUUUUCGAUCUCAAAUUUGCGAAGGACAGCCAAAAGGAAGACUUGAAUAUUGGCAAGAGGUCAAGAUACUUGCUUCUCCAAGCAGGACACGCUGAUGAGCUUCAGGCGUACAUGCAAGGUCAGAAUGACCCCGAAUACGAGUCUAUUGUAAAAGCAAUCUCUGCAAUCAUGUUUCUAGCGACGCCUCAUCGUGGUACGAAUCUUGCCGACUUGCUAGACCGGAUUCUACGAUCGACUUUAGCCACCAACUCGAAGAACUACAUAUCUGAGCUGGGCAAAAAGGCAUUUACAUUACAAAAGCUAAAUGAACAAUUUCGCCACAUUGCACCAAGGUUGGAUAUUGUCUCAUUUUACGAGACUCAAUCAACCUCAAUGAUACUUGAAAAGGAUUCAUCAAUCCUUGGCUAUCCCGGAGAGAAGUCCAGAGCUUUAGAUGCUGAUCAUCAUAACGUGUGCAAGUAUGAUAGCCCUUCGGAUCCUAAUUAUGUAGCAGUGAGGAAUGCUCUUCAGUCACUCGUUGGUAAGAUAGCUUCGAAAAAUGGACAGAACGAUGACUCUUCAUCCGCGCGCAACAAAAUGGGUUCUUUGAAGUCUUCAUUAGGCAUUACAGAAUUGCCUGAUACGGAUUACAUUUUUUUUCGCGACCAGUGGUCGCAAGGCACAUGUGAUUGGUUACUGGGGACAGAAGAUUACCUGGAGUGGCUUCAUCCUCCGUCUAAAAAAUCUUCUCUUGCCUGGUUGAGUGGCGGCGCAGCGGCUGGGAAGUCAAUACUCUCGUCUUUCAUUAUAAACGACCUCGCCGAAAAAGGACUCUGCUGCCAAUAUUUCUUCCUUAGGUUUGGGGAUAGGAGGAAGCGAACCUUGAGCUUGCUCCUGCGUUCUAUCGCUUUUCAAGUAGCACUGAGUAAAGCCACUGUCCUGGAAAGGAUACUGCAGCUGGGAGAGCAAGGCAUCGAUUCCGAGACUGCAAGCCCAAGAACUAUUUGGGAGCGCAUUUUCAAAGCUAUUAUUUUCAAAUUACAGGAGAAUGAACCCAUGUACUGGGUCAUUGAUGGUCUGGAUGAGGCAGAUGACCCCCGCUCCAUCGUAAGAUUGUUGUCUGAAGUUUCUGUAUCGUCUGUUCCCAUUCGCAUGUUGCUGGUGAGUCGAGAAACUUCGGAAAUAGCUGCAAGUCUUCAGAAGAAGCCCCCAGGCCUCGACCUUAGGUUCAUGAGUAUUGAAGGUCACAAAGAGGAUUUUUCUCAUUACAUUCAACAGGAACUUAGCUUAUUCGGCGACGAGCAAUUUAGGGAGGACGUUGUACGAAUAAUCGUGAAAGAAAGUCAAAACAAUUUUCUAUGGGUGCGACUUGCAGUCGAAACGCUCAAUCUCUGUCACAGUAAGAAGCACGUCGAGCUUGCAUUACAUCAACUGCCAAUCGGCAUGCAAGCUUUCUAUGACCGUAUGGCAUUGUCAAUUGCACAGCAGACAGACUCAGUCCAAAGGGCACUGGCGUCUGCAGUUCUACAAUAUGUUACAACUAGCCUGCAUGUCUUAAGUGUUGCGGAGCUUUCACAAGCACUUCACGAAGAGGCUUCGGAAUUGCUAGACAUGCAACGCUCGAUCAUAGAUGUGUGUUGCGGCUUCAUAGUUAUCAAUAAAGACGGCUAUGUUGCUAUGGUUCACCAAACCGCUCGUGAAUACCUCUUGAAUGGUGUUGAUCGUCCUUUCAAUGUCGACAGAAGUGCUGCACAUAAAAAGAUGUUCCUCACCUGUAUGAGAUGUCUCUUUGCAGUCGGUCUUCGCCCAAAGGUCGAUGGCAAACAGAACUUAGUGUUCCUCAACUAUGCGGCUUGUUCAUGGCCUAUGCACCUCUUAGCCACCUCAGCUGAGGAUGAAGAGGUGGCUGACAUUCUCCAUAAGUUCCUGGCCGGCCGCUGGAUUUUGAGUUGGAUUCAAGUCCUUGCAAACACCGGUCAACUGCGAGUCUUGAUCCAGGCAUCCAGGCACCUUUCGAAAUACCUUGGCAAGCGGAGAUCCAAUGAUGAAGUUUGUGACCAGAGACAAUACACCGUGAAACAAGAACUUGUAAAACUUUGGGCGGAAGAUCUUGCAAAAAUCGUAGGAAAAUUUGGGGGAAUCUUGGGCCAAAAUCCUGAAUCUAUACACAAGCUCAUCCCCCCAUUCUGCCCUCAGAACUCCGCUAUUUACCAACAAUUCGGGAAGCCGAAAGGGGACAGUCUUGUCGUGACUGGAUUUCCGAGCCACAACUGGGAUGACUCGCUCGCACGCUUGUCCUUUGGUCUUGGUACUUACGCAACAUCCGUAUCUGCUGUUGGCGCGCAAAUUGCGACCCUUGUCCCCUCGGGGACGGUCCUUCUCCAUGACUCCUCAAAUUUUGAAGAGACCGAAGCCAGCCCAAUUAGGCAUGGAGAGCGGGUUUACAGUAUGGUAUCGAAUAGCUCGGCAACAUUGCUUGCUACUUACGGGUACCACACUAUUAAAUUCUGGGACACUCAUAGUGGGAAGUGGAAGCUGUCCGUUGAUAAUCUACAAUCACGGCCUCGACCACUUGCAAUGCUCUUUUUAGAGAACGACCAGUCUCUCCUGAUUGGAUCAGAUGAUAGACGAGUAAGAUCCCUUGAUCUCAAUCCAGAAUCUCCAAGCUGGCAGACUCUUGCGGAAUUAGAAGAACCAGAACUUGAAGGGCACUUCUUGAACUCACCAAGUCACAUGGCUGUAAACCAAGACGGAAAAUUAAUUUCCGUGGCUUAUCGAGGACAUCCAUUGUCCGCUUGGGAGAUAGACGGGCCAGUCCAUAUCGGUCAUUGCUGGCGUACAAGAGACGUGCUUGCCAGAGGUGAAGUAAUUGAAGCUGUUUGGCAUCCCCAUCAACCAGAGAUCCUAGGCUUGUACAUUGAAGGAGUGAUUUUCAAAUGGCGUCCCUACGAUGAUGAGACUGAAGAAUUUGCGGCAGGAGCCUCCAGACUUGCAAUGAGCGCGGAUGGAAGCCUUGUAGUUACUGGAGACGUUAGAGGAACAGUAAAAGUCUUUACGACAGCUGAUUUGACUAACCUAUACCAGCUGGCUUCUGAGGACAACGUGCUUGGACUGGCAUUCAGCCCCGAUCUACGUCGAUUCUACGAUGUACGCGGCAAUUAUGGAAACGUCUGGGAGCCGAAUGCACUGCUAAAAUUCGUUGAGCAGCAGAACAAGGAUACCGAAAUUGGGAGCGAGAUCGGCAGUCUUAGUCAGACUUCUGAUUAUCCGGAGGGUGUUCUUUGGAGAGUGGACUCAAUAACGUCUCUUGCAGCCUCGCCGACUGGUCAAUUUUACUGCUUUGGCACUGAAAAAGGUGCAGCCCAUGUGUAUGAUCGACAACGAGGAAAAGUCGCGGAUCUCUACGUGUCUAGAAGUUUUCUCAGCAUUGAGCACAUGGUUUGGAGCCACGAUGGACAUUAUGUAUGCUUCUCAGACUCAAGCAAGCGUAUCUUUGUUUCAACAAUAAAUCCAAAGGUCAACAACUGUGAUGCUUUUGUGCAGAUGAAGGUCCAAAUUUCCGUUAAAACCAUUAUUGACGGCCCGAUUACACAGCUACUCUUUCACCCAGAUUCGACUCAGAUCAUGAUCUGCUCUCCGUCAUCGAUAUGCACAGUCUCAUUGGCAUCUGCUUCAGUCGCCGGCUCUGCGAAGAUUGCCAUCGCAGGAAGUCGAUGGAUUAUUCACGCUCAGGAUCCCACCCUCAUAGUAUGUGUUGGACCUGAGGAUAUUCAUAUACUGGAUUGGGGCUUGAGCCUACGCCAGACCUUUAAGAUAGAGCGUGUCUUAGAUCAGAGCAGAUUGCCACCCCUGCAGGACAAGGGAGAAGUCGUCGAAAUUCUAUGCGCGGCCAACAAAAAGCUUAUGCUGUUGCAGAUUGAGCGCAGAAAAGAAAACAUCUUCCUUCUUCUGGCAGGUCUCCCAGACCACGCAGCAGUGGACGAGGCUGAUCACGCCAGCACGGAAAGAAAACUAUCUUCUCUUGAAUUUCGACCCCCAGUUUCAUCUCAAAUCAUUCUCGCUCUAGAUUUACUGUCAUCAGAUCAUUUGAUCUUCCUGUCUAGAGAUUUCUCCAUUUGUUCAGUGCGACUUCCAAUCCAGUAUGACUUGUCGAUGUCGUCCCUCACUAUCAGUAUUCAAGGAGAUAGCGAGUCCGCUGCUCAACACAAGUCCACGAAUACAGUCAAGCCUCCUGAGGCAGCAGUCUUAAAGACUUGGGGACUAGAGAAACCAGAGCCGCUCUUUUGGUUGCCAAGGGAUUGGAUAAGUCGAGAUUGUCUGGCGCUAUGUAAGAUAUGGAGGAAAGAAAGAAGCUUGCUCUGUCCUCGGAAUGGAGCGGUCGCCGUCGUCAGGUGUGCGAAGAUAAUGUGA